AGUAUGACAUUUCAAAAACACGAGAGUUUCACGUGUGCCCAUUUGUUUACAAUACUAUUUUAUUUAAAAGGAACAUGAAAAGGCUCUCAUAAUGUUGAUACCAGAAGACAAGGAGAUUGACAUAUUCGUCGCCUCUAAAAUAGGAUCGUUUAAACAUAUAAAAUACCACACACAAACAUCGAAAAACAACAAGAAAUGUAUAGAGAAUCUUGUUGAGAUCAAGAGUUUGCAGAAAGAUGAUGCGAUCACUUCCAUGGUGUGGAGUAAUUCGGAGCAAACUGAGUUACUUAUUGGGAGAAAAAACCAGCAGAUCCAAACAUACAAUACAAUCCAUGGCUUCACAAAGACAUACACAGCAGAUUUUGGUACGGGAGACAUAGUGGGCUUGGGGAAGUACAAGAGACGGCUAGUAGCGGCUGUUACAAGUGGUAUAGUGCAGAUAUGGGGUAAGAAGGAGCAUGUGACUGUCAAUACGGGGGGCAAGCUGGAUAAAAUGCAGGUGUGCGAGCAAGACAGCACAUUGUUUGCUACUGGCGGUGAAGAAAAUGACCUUAAAAUAUGGAAAAUUGGUGAAAAGGAACCGCUGUUCACGGCCAAGAACCUGCCACAUGACUGGUUGCAACUCCGCAGAUCCGUCUGGGUCACAGACUUGGCAUUCCUCACUCUGGACGUAGUCGCGGUGUGCUCCAGACACGGUUACGUGAGGUUAUACGAUUCACGGGCUCAACGUAGGCCUGUUUGUAACGUGGACUUUGAAGCCAAAGCGGCUACGUGCAUCACACGGGGCUUCGACGAACGGCAAGUAUACGUGGGUUUCGGUAGGGGUCAACUCCACCAGGUGGAUCUGCGUAGGGGUAAACCAGACAAGGGGUACAAGGGUGCAGUGGGGGCGAUCACCAACAUAGCUCUGCACACGGACGGUCUCCUCGUCAGUACCAGCUUAGACAGGCACAUCCGGGUGCAUGCGCUACACAGCAAGGACUUGCUUUAUAAGCAAUACCUCACGUCGAAGCUGAGUUGCGUCUUGGUGCAGUCGGAGACCACAACCCCUCUCCUGAAGGUCGAAGGUGAGGUGAAGGAGGAAGACCAGCUCCAGGAAUUGGAGGUGAAAGAAGACGACCUGGACGUGAUCUUUGACAAAAUGGAGACGAUUGGUGAAAAACCGCGUAAGAAGCAUAUCGAAGCGUCGGAAACAGAAGCACUCGAUAGAAGCGAAGCAAAGAAAAUGAAGCCGUCGACGGAAGGAAGCACUGCGGACGACUCGAUCGAGGAAGUCCCGGAUGACGCGAUCCCGAAACUUCUCCGAAGCACGGAGAAGCAGAAGCGAAGAAUGGAGAAGAGGAAACGUGAGAAGAAGGCGAAGAGUAUCUAUCAUAAUGCUUGAAAUUAAAGUUCUUUAGUUAUA